GUUAGGAUAUAUUUAAUAUCACCCAGACGUGUUGCGAGAUGACAUAAACACAUUGUAUGGUCGUUUGUUUUAAUGAAACCGCGGGCGUUUUUUGGAGUUUUAUUCAAAACACAUUCUUGUCAAACCAGUCUGUCAAGUUUCAGGUAAGAUAGGUAGCCAUUACGCAGGUGAAAGGCGUGAACAGAAACUAACGUUAGACGACACUGUUGUUUGUGGCGAGGACAGAGCAAACAUGGUACAGUAACCAGAAACUAGAAGACCAUACUGGGGAGAAAUUAUAGACAUACAAGGAAAUAGCCUAUUGUGAGCGACCUUCAGACGUCUCAUUACCAUGAGUCGGGAGCGAUCAGACUCCCAGGGGUCACUGGGCCCUGACGAUGAGGUCAUGCCGUACAGUGACGACGAGACGGAUGAUGAAUUGGACCCCGGCUCAGACGAAGAGGGGCCCCCAGGGGGACCACAGCCUGAAGAGAUCAAGAGCACUGAGUCUGGUUGGAGUGUCAAAGCGAACGACAGAGCCUUCUGUAACCUGCCAGAGUUUCAGAAAAAAUACCUUUUGUGUCUCAAGAAGAGCAAGUACGCAGGGAAUGGAAUCAAGACGUACAAAUAUAACGCGCUGACGUUCAUCCCACUGAAUCUGUUGGAGCAGUUCAAACGGGUUGCCAACCUUUACUUCCUGGCCCUGCUCAUCCUACAGAUUAUUCCUGAGAUCACCACGUUGCCUUGGUACACGACCUUAGUGCCUUUAGUUCUGGUGCUGGGAAUCACAGCCAUCAAAGACCUAGUGGAUGAUCUGGCCCGCCACAGGAUGGACAAGGAGAUCAACAACAGGAAGUGUGAUGUCCUCCUGGAUGGCAGGUUUCAAGAGUCAAAGUGGAUGAACAUCCAUGUUGGUGAUGUGGUUCGUUUGAAGAAAAAUGGUCACAUCCCGGCCGACAUUCUGUUGUUGUCCAGUUCAAACCCCAACAGUCUUUGUUAUGUGGAAACUGCCGAGCUCGAUGGGGAAACCAACCUGAAGUUUAAAAUGGGUCUGAAAGUAACAGACGAGAGACUGCAGGAGGAGCGCCAGCUGGCACAGUUUGACGCCAUGAUAGUGUGUGAGGAGCCCAACAACCGUCUGGAUAAGUUCACGGGGACCAUGUGUUGGAGGAAAGACAGAUUCCCUCUGGAUCUGGACAAUAUGAUGCUGAGAGGAUGUAGGAUCAGAAACACUGACGAGUGUCACGGACUGGUCAUCUUCGCAGGCGCUGACACUAAAAUCAUGAGGAAUGGGGGCAAGACCAGGUUCAAGAGGACUAAAAUCGAUGAGCUGAUGAACUACAUGGUGUAUAGUAUCUUUGUAAUCCUGAUCCUGGUGUGUGCUGGCCUGGCCAUCGGAAACUCCUUCUGGUACGAGGAGGUAGGCAGCAGGGCCUGGUAUCUGAAAGAUGGCAAGGAUCAGACUGCUUCUUACAGAGGUUUCCUCAGCUUCUGGGGGUACAUCAUCGUGCUCAACACCAUGGUUCCCAUCUCCCUCUACGUCAGUGUGGAAGUGAUUCGUUUGGGCCAGUCGAAGUUCAUCAACUGGGACCUUCAGAUGUACUACCAGGAGAAAGACACGCCAGCCAAGGCCCGUACCACCACCCUCAACGAACAACUGGGUCAGAUCGAGUACGUCUUCUCAGACAAGACCGGUACCCUCACGCAGAACAUCAUGGCCUUCAAGAAGUGCACCAUCGCCGGACGCACCUUCGGCGACCCCACCACUGCCGAGGGAGUGACUCUGAAUCGUGGAAAGCCAGUGGAUUUCAGCUGGAACAAGUACGCAGACAGCAAGUUUGAGUACUUGGAUCAUUCCCUGGUGGCCUGCAUCCGGUCCAAGAAGGAGAAAGAAACGCUGGAGUUCUUCAAGUUGCUGUCUCUGUGUCACACGGUCAUGGUAGAGCAGAAAGAAGAUGAGUUGGUGUACCAGGCAGCCUCUCCUGACGAGGGGGCUCUGGUGACGGCUGCCAGGAACUUCGGUUUUGUGUUCCUGUCCCGUACCCAGGACACCAUCACCAUCAGCGAGAUGGACCAGGAGAUGACCUACGAGGUGUUGGCCCUGCUCGACUUUAACAGCGACCGCAAACGCAUGUCCAUCAUCCUGAGGUUCCCCGAUGGCCGGAUCCGUUUGUACUGUAAAGGAGCAGACACGGUCAUCUACGAACGCCUCUCUCCUAACUCCAGACACAAGGAAGUGACCCAGACGGCUCUGGAUAUCUUUGCCAACCAGACUCUCCGGACCCUGUGUUUGUGUUAUAAGGAUAUCAGUAAGCAGGAGUUUGACGCCUGGGCUAAGAAGCACAAGGAUGCCAGUGUUGCUAUGGGCAACAGGGAGGCUGCUCUAGAUCGAGUGUAUGAACAGAUUGAGAACAACCUCAUGAUGAUCGGAGCGACUGCCAUCGAGGACAAGCUACAGGACGGGGUUCCUGAGACCAUCGCCAAGCUGGCAAAGGCUGACAUCAAGAUAUGGGUUCUCACCGGAGAUAAGAAAGAAACGGCUGAGAACAUUGGCUAUUCCUGUGAGCUGCUUACCGAUGACAUGCAGAUCCACUAUGGAGAUGAUAUCAAUGAGAAGCUGCGAAUCAGUCAGGCAAGCCGGAGGGACCAGCUGCCUGCGUCCGGUCGAACCAGGAAGAAGGUUCCGGAUCCGUUCUUCCCCGAGCCUGGCAAGAACGCACUCAUCAUCACUGGAGGCUGGCUGAACGAGAUCUUAUAUGAGAAAAAGAAGAAACGUCGCCGCCUUCGCUUGAAGCGUCUCGGACGGAGACCCGCCUCUGCCACGCCCCAGGACUCCACCCAGCCAAUCGACGACUGGGAGAAGGAGAGUCGUCAGGUGGACUUUGUGAACAUGGCGUGCGAGUGCGAGGCGGUCAUCUGCUGCCGGGUCACGCCAAAACAAAAGGCCAACGUGGUCAGCCUGGUGAAGAAGUACAAGAAGGCUGUCACGCUGUCCAUCGGAGACGGAGCUAACGACGUCAACAUGAUAAAGACUGCAGACAUCGGUGUGGGUAUAUCUGGACAGGAGGGCAUGCAGGCGGUGAUGUCCAGUGACUAUGCCUUCGCUCAGUUCCGGUACCUGGAGCGUCUCCUGCUGGUCCACGGUCGCUGGUCCUACAUCCGCAUGUGCAAGUUCCUCCGCUACUUCUUCUUCAAGAACUUUGCCUUCACCCUGGUCCACUUCUGGUACUCCUUCUUCAAUGGGUUCUCAGCACAGGUUGCCUAUGAAGAUUGGUUCAUCACCUUGUACAAUGUGAUGUACAGCUCUCUCCCUGUCCUGCUGGUUGGCUUGUUGGAUCAGGAUGUGAACGACAAACUGAGCAGAAAGUUUCCCAAGUUAUACCUUCCUGGUCAGCAGGGGGCGCUGUUCAACUACAAGAACUUCUUCAUCAGUCUGUUCCACGGCAUCUUCACCUCUCUGGUGGUCUUCUUCAUCCCGUACGGGGCGUUCCUCCAGACCAUGGGGCAGGACGGAGAGGCACCGUCAGACUACCAGUCCCUGGCUGUGGUUAUGGCUUCUUCUCUCAUCUUCACUGUCAACCUGCAGAUAUCUCUGGAGACUUCAUACUGGACCUUUGUGAACUGCUUCGGCGUCCUCUGCAGUAUAGCCAUAUACUUCGGCAUCAUGUUCGAUAUCCACAGUGCAGGAAUCCACGUCAUCUUCCCAUCAACCUUCACUUUCACCGGUGUAGCCCCUAACGCGCUCAGACAGCCCUAUCUGUGGCUGACCAUCAUCCUGACUGUGGGAAUCAGCCUGCUACCUGUCAUCUUCAUUCAGUUCCUCUGCAAAACCAUAUGGCCGUCCGUUGGAGACAACGUCCAGAGGAACAGGAAGAAGUAUGAGGAGGAAGAGGAGGAGAAGAAGAAACCGGCUCCGUUCCAGCGCGACAGACGCUCCCGCCGCUCGGCCUACGCCUUUUCUCACUCCCGGGGUUACGCCGACCUCAUCGCGUCAGGCCGCAGCAUCCGACGGCGGCCUGCUGUAGCUCGCCCCGACCCAAGGGACAGUAUUACAGAGGUCCCCUCAAGCCAGUAACAUAUGAGGGGGACUCACCGGCCUGGCACUAGACUGGUCCCAGAUCUGUUUGUGCGGUCUUGUCUACUCAUAGACGUGCAUAUGGAAAGAAUAGGUAUAAAAAUGUAUAGAUGUAAAGUUACACAAUGUCUAUGGUGACAAUGACCAGAGGAGUUGGCAGGACCACACAAACAGAUCUGGGAUCAGGUUAGCCUGUCCCUAUUUAAAAAAAUUACCUUUAUUUAACCUGGCAAGUCAGUUAAGAACAAAUUCUUAUUUUCAAUGACGGCCUAGGAACUAUGCAUCUGGAACUGAGAACAUACCGCCGGGCCUCAUCUCACCGACCUGGCACGGUCUGAAUCUAUGCAAAGACUGUAACCAUCAAAAAGCUCACUGAACCACUACUAUUCAUGUUUUAUACGGUUUAUUGUGAAAACAAAAACCAAUGUUUUAAUCUCCAGGAUUUUUAAAAGUCUUAUUUUAGUUCUCCUCACCUGGAUGGUUGGAGCAUUGCUCGUCAUCAUUGGGUACUCCUGACAUACAUUUAAGACAUUUACAUUUACAUUUAAGUCAUUUAGCAGACGCUCUUAUCCAGAGCGACUUACAAAUUGGUGCACUCACCUUAUGACAUCCAGUGGAACAGUCACUAUACCUUGGCCCGUAUUCAUGAAGCCUCAAGGGUUAGAGCGCUGAUCUAGGACCAGGUCCCCCUCCCCCCGUACAUGUAAUCUUAUUCAUAUGAUCAAAAAGGGGAAAUGUAUGUUUGAGCAGCACUUUGUGAAUACAGGCCAUGGAGUAUUUGGUUAUGUUGCCUAUCACGGUGUAAUAAUGCUAUCUAUUGCAGGGGUUGCAUUUCAUCUGGAUCUUGGAGUUUUUAAAAUAUUUUUUCUUAAUUUAAUAUAUUGUGAUUUAUUGUUGGUUUGGAUUUAAAUGUACUGGAUCCGUUUUUAAAUGCGUACUUGCAGUCAGAAGGGUGUCAUAAUCAAUCAUAUAUAUAUAUUUUAUUAAUGCUCAAGAAUUUCAGCUUUUUUUUGUUUUUGUCGGCUCGUAAGGAAGCUCCUAAGUGGUGGAUCCUAACUAGAUGAUACUUCUUUUUUUUUCUUUCAUUUUAUGGUGUCUUUUCGGCUGUAAGUCAUUUGACAUACUUUAUAUGGACAUGGUUAUAUUGUAUACAUGCUUUUUAAAGAUGAACCAGUUGUUUACUAAAGCUUCUAUAGAACCCCGCUGCACCUCUGGACAUGCGCUAGCUGUUGUUUUACCUGAGCCAAAUAACCCCCUUUUCAAAAUCUAAACCGGAUGCUUGUCGCCUGCUAGUAGUAUUCUGAGAUGCCAGUAGACAUAACUCUCCUAUUUUAAUCAAUGAAGUAUGAAUGGAUUCAAGGAUUUGCCAUUUUAAUGAUUUCUUUGUAUUGACUCGACAUUUCAUAACAUUUUAUAUAGUCGGACCAUACUGGUUCACUGUCUCAGUCUACAAGGAUGUGGGCAUUUGCAUUGAGACUCAGCCAUGGUUAUUUGCCAAAUACACAAUUUUCCUUUUAUAUAUCAGCUUUGAAUCAAUAUGACCCUUCAACUGAAACAAUACUCUGCGAGUGUGUCAUAAAUAGCACUUUAAUCCCUAUAUAGAGCACUACGUUGGACCAGGGCUCUGGUAGAAAGUAGUGCACUAUAUAGGGAUUAAAGUGCCAUUUGGGACAGUCAUGUUUAUUCUGUUACAUACUUGUUUCUCUGUGUAUAAAGUGACAUAUCUACACAAACCUUGAGCAAAUAGUUAGUCCAUUUGGGAUACAGCAACAGAUCCAUUGGACAACUCCUUAUCACUACCGUUUUAAAAACUUGUUUUUAGCAUUUUGUGUAAAAACGACUUUGAAUAAAAACUACCGAUACAGA